UGUUGCUCACCCGCCGGUUGUCGUUCUCCUUUUCGUCGCGAUUCAUUUCGCGAUUCAUUUCGCGAUUCAUUUCGCGAUUCAUUUCGCGAUUCAUUUCGUAUCGUAUCGUACUGUACCGGCUGCGAGGUUGUCGCUCCGGGCGCGUUUCUCGUUUCCGCUCGUUGUCGCCUGCCAGAAUUGUCGGUGUGCCUGUCAGAUCUGAUCGCGAAAUCGCGAACGAACGUUCAGCCCGGGGGGAGACCGUAUGCGGUGACAGCGGUGGAGAAACAGGGGUUCGUUGUGUGGAAGAAAUUUGAGGGGAAAUUCGAAGGGUGUUUACGGCACGCGCGAUUCUUGACUUUCCAGAGAUACCAAUUUGAUACGCUGAAUCGCGAAGGCAAUUUCCCUCGGUAGAUCCCACCAGAUUUCAGAUUGAACGGCGCGAGGCAGCGCGAAUUCGACUGUCACGUGUGAUAAAUCAAGUGAUAGCAGCGUGACUGCGCCUUUCCCGACCGAUUUAAUUUAUUGCGAGAUUCUCACUUUAACGAGGCCCUAUCUUAAUUUUGAAUCGAUCACGGGUCAGAUUAAUGUACACGUGUGAUUCAAUCUUCUCGGCGUUUCACAUUUCCGAACGAUUUAAUCGCUCACGAUGAUCAGUUUGCUCCGAGGCACAUUUCGCGAAAUUUCUUUCUUAAUUUCUUAGCUUUCUUUGUUCAUUUAUCAAUAUUUGAGAAACGGUUUUCGGGAAUCAUUCGAUCAGACUGCAGGGAUCGAGUUCCCCACUGGAUCACGCGGAUCAUGUGAUGCGCGUGAUGCUGUGUUUAGGUACUAGUAAUACCUGUAAUUUCAUGUUCACCACGUGGUUCAUUACAGUCUCGUAAAUAUACUUACAUUAGUCGCAAAUAGAUUAUCGAUCGAUCUCUCGAAUAUUGCUCUUCGAAAGCUAUUUACAAAGUGGUGCAUAAAUAUCAAUUUGAUGCUAACGUCUCUGGAAAAGUCAAGAUAAAACGAUCUUUUGGAAUAGAAUUCUGUAAACGGAAACUACCAUAGCGACAAAGUAUUUGUUCACAAUGAAUAAGUGCCCUGUUUUCUUCCACGCAUCAAACAAUAGACAAAUCGAUAAUCUGUUGGCAGAACAAUUCGCCAUUCACAAAGAUUAGCAUCUGUGAAGUACAAAUUGCUCCGACGAUUAUUUACGAUGAUUCAGACGACGGAAACGAAACUAGCUGAUCUUCAAAGUAGAAAAUUUCCGGGACGAAAACAUCGUGUUGUAUUAAAAUAUCAAUGAAACGAAGUUUCUCGGCUUGCUUCUGAGAAAAAGCGAGGCUCGAGAAAACAUCGUGGAACAAUUUUCUGGAUAUCUUUACUGAAGAAACCUCUGAAAAGGCAUUUGUUUCUGAAAAAAAGGAAAACGGAACGAUUAAGAGAAAGGGACGUCUACAAAGGCUUUGAAAAGAAACCUUUUCAAAGAAACAUUAACGAAGGAAUCCCCAAAAGGAAAACCAUCUUGAAGAUAUAAAAGGAAGGACACCGAAAUAUCUGUACUAAAAAGCAAGAGAUUUUCUUCCUCCUUUUCCUUUCUUUUCACACGCAAGAAUUUCGUUCGUCGAUUUGGUCAUUUUUCCUUUUUGCAAAGGAUAUUCCUGCAAAACAGGGUCGAAGAACCUGUGUGUAUUUAUCCUUGCAGUUUGCUUCCUUUUCGCUUCUGCAGCAUUUGUCGCAAACCUGACCAUUUAUCAUUUCCGAGCUCGUUGAAGAUCCGUCUUUCCUUGUUAUCACUGACAAACAAGAAUGACGUUCGAAUUUGCGUUCGUGCGAACGCCGUGGAGCGUCGCGACGCCGGGCCGGCAAAUUAAGCGUCGCGACUUCGGCUUUACGUAACGUCGACCUGCUACCAAUACCGUCGGGUGGGACUCGUCAAGGUCACGGGCCGCGGAAAACGCACUGCAGACCCGUAACGAGACGCCAGCACAGCUGCCGCUGAUCCUAGUCUAGUGAGAAACGCAGCAGCAGCACAGCGUUCAAAGCCGAACGAACGGAAGAACCUAAAGAGACUUGGAAAAGUGAAAACGAACCAAGAUAAGAGUAAAGCGAUAAGAAAGACAGAGAGAGAGAGAAGAAACUUGGAAAAUCCGGAACGUUCAAGAUGUUCAACAACUGAUGCAAACGGAAGUGACUCGAAAGAUUAAGGGAGGCUGAAACAGAUGUCAAGCGUUUUCGAAGAAAACGUCUGAGCAUCGAGGCUUCGUCCUUACUCGAGUGCGGAGGACAUCAUAAGUAUCUUUUCCUACAAAGAUACCAUCGGACACGUCUUACCGGAGUCUUCCUGAAUCAACCAUCGCAUCAGAGUGGCCUUCGGUUGGGCGCUGUGAGGGCGCGUGUACCUGAAGUUUCAGUAAAAUUCCAAUUCUUGUAGCUCACGUCGGUGUUUUUAUUGCUGUUUUCAUUGUUGUUCAUGAAAGUGCCUAGCGACUCUUCCGUCCACUUGCAGACCAGUCGUGACUCUCGCACAAACGUGAAUUCUUGAGUGUCCUGUCAGCGGAGCACGCACGCCUAGAUUCCUGAAUCGUCAGGUGCUGGCGGUGGCGAAGAACGCUUGGAUGCCCAACGUAACAUCGGCGGAACUCGAGACUCUUGGACGCAGGCAGGACGAUGAGCGUCAGGAUCGUUGUGAGCGUUACCGAGCUCACAAACAUGGAUGCCAAGGAUCGCUACGUUGUCGAGGGUAUCGCACUUUCCACAGCCACCGAGGAUGUGGGAGAUGGACCUCAAGGGCACGAAAACGACACCGAUCCAUAUUCGUUGUCGCAUCUCGAUCCACCUACUGACAGUGUCUAUAUGAUAUGCGGCGUGCUGAUCGCUAUGGUGCUGGUGGGUGUCUUCAUCGUCUUGCUCGCCGUAACGAUCAGCAAGCUGCGGAAGCGCGAGGAUCACCAUUCGAGCGUGGGCACGGUGCACCCCGAGGCGACGGUAGUGCAGACGGCGACGUCGCCCGCAACGAUCGGGGCAUCGCCGACGCACCCCAAUGGUUGCUGCACGCAGAUAUCUACCAACACCGUGUCGACGGACUUCGUCAACCACGCUUGCGACGAUAUUUAUCCUUCAACAACGACGACUGUGACGCCGUCCGCCAAUCCCGUCGAGUCGUUCGCGUGGCAAUUUCCGCCCCCGUACCCGCCACCCCACAUGCCACCGGCGCAGUACGCGUUGUACAACGAUCAGGAUACUCUUGUGCACGCUUUACCGUCGGAUCGGCCUGGAUUCGCAAAGGGUUUUCGCAAAAACCUUGGCGGGCGUUGGCGUCGGUUGGUGAAGAGGAAAGCCGAGUCGGAUACGUGUGCCAUUCCUCCCGAGCUAAGGGAUCAGCUAAAGACCAUUUACGUCUAUUGAUGGCCGGAAACCUGUUUCUUUGAGCCAACCCCGAAAAAGAGUCUCGAUAAUCAUCUAGAAAAUCGAGAAGGACGCAAAGAGAAUCGAAGCAAGAAGAGGCUCUAGUCAAGAUCGAGAAGAACGCGAAGGGACGUUAAAGAGAAACCAAUGGGGAUACGAAGAUAAGAUGUGAUGAGAGCUCAUGGGAAGGGUUGGUGAAGAAGAGCUUGAAAGAGUAGUUCGGGAAAGGAAGGGAACGACGUAGGUUCGGGAGGCGACAGUCGACAUAUCAGAAAGUGCCUGAAGAGGAUGUGCCUUCUUUUAUUCCACGAGCGCCUUUCUUAUGAGACUGACACCGCGAAGAAACCACGAUACAUGGGUGCGACAAAGCGAGUUACCUCGUAGCUUCUGCGUGUAUGUUUCUGCGCGACCAAUGUAGGCGACAGAUUGCCGUACUUCAGGUAGUUAAAACUAGUAUUAGCGCGUCGGUCGGACGACGAAAUGUACGAGUAGCGAGCGAUCGAUUGUCCGGUGAGUUCCGGAUCCCUUCAAAAUCAAUCCCGCGAUUUACUUCUAGUUGGCCCCAAGCGAGUUGAAAGGAAAUUUGAUAGUGUCAAACUAUAAGUAUUAUUUAUUUUUUAAAAUAUAUAACUUGAUGUACAAUUGAUGUACAAACUGAGAAAAUUUCGGUUGAAUUUCACACUUAACGAAUAACAAGCUCGGUCCACUUUAAGUUUGACACGUUCACACGUCAAUUUCUUCGUAAGUCUCGGUUCAUCUUGUACAAAUAAAGUCGAUCAACCGUUUGCUCGCUCCUGUAAUUAGUUUUCGAGGCCGCCGACGUACACCUGUAUAAAUAAAACGUAGCCAUCUUGGACGAAACCGCGGGACACAUGAAUCAGGAAGUGAAUUUGUGUAAAUACAAAAAUAAUAUAAAACGUUAUGUACAUAUAGAGAGAAACAGAUUUAACGAAUGAACGGAUUUUGGUGUUCCUAAAAUCCUCAGUGACCCGAAAGGGUUCUAGGGUUCGAGAAUCCGAAGGGUCCUCCCGUUGAAGGGGACAAUGCGGCGCCUCGUAAUAAUAAUAAGAUAGGCCAAUUUAAGAUUAUCGAACUAUUAUGACGGCUCAUAUUGAGCUCACAUUAUAUUGCAAUGCUGACGUAAUAUUUCACUUGUACGCUUGCGUUGACCCUUUAACAACUGCUACUUAAUCGAUAUAUAUAUAUCUCCCAUGAACAAAAUGUUCUUUCAGGAAUAUCAGGGAGAUGUGAAAAUUGUCACAAUGUUAAAAAGGAUUUUGGAAACAGUUUAUACCAUAAAUCAAACAAUUAUGCAUUUAUUAUAUUAUUAAUUGUUGUGCUAAUAUUGCUGGUACAGUAACUUAAUAAUUUAAAGAAUUUUAUAACGUAUUAAUAACAGAAGAAACUUUUAAUUAUUGGUAAAUUUUGUGAAUGUAUUCAUUUUAUUUUAAUUAUAAAUAAAGUGAAUGUAGUUGAAAAAUUAAAGGGUUGCGCACAAUAUAGCGACAUUAUGAAAGGAGCUUCUUGCGUCAGCGAUUAAUUGAUUAAUUUAUAGAGAUUGACAGAGAUGACAUUCAGUUAUUCGAGAAAUCCUGCAGAUUUUGUUAAACUUAUCAUUAAAUGUAAAAUGUAUUUAGAUAAAAUUUUAUAUUCGCCUAAGAAAUGUAUAAGAGUAUUUUUUCCAUUAUCGGAAAUUAUUGUUUUCUAAGAUCAUUUAUGCAAUUUUAAUCAUAAUUAUUUGACUUUUAUAUAAAUAUUGACGUUAAUUGCUUGAUUUGUUAACCGUUUUUGAAUCACGACUUUAAGUACAUUGAUUACUUUUCACAUUCAUAUUGCACACGUAGAAAUUUGCAGUAUUUUGCGAGUGACCAGAAGUUCGGAGGAUCAUAAUCCUUGCUGUAGUAUUUUAGAAUGUAAAUAAGAUAACGGGAGACCUGUGAAUUUGUAGAGUUACUUUUAAGGGUGCGACCGACAAGAUUUUUCGUGACAGCAAUGAUAUUUGUUUGAUUGCCUCGCGGUUUACUUCAAUCUUUUGAGUAUCAUCCGAGAAAAAUCGAAAAAAAAAUUAUUAAUAAAGUAAUUUUUCACAUUGAUAAGAUUUUCAAGUAAUUUGAUAUAAAUGAUGUAUUAUUACAUUUGUAAGGAAUUUUCUAAGCCAUCAAAGGACCAAUCUGUGUCGCGUGUUUGAAAAAAACAAAGCAACUCAAGGGGAUAAAAUUUGUCUUAUGCGAAUUGAAGUUAUCAGAAAUGUGUAUUUCAAUUAAGAUAGAACUUGAAUUGAAAGUUGCACAAAACAUAUCGAUUUGAAUUUUGAGUGAAAUCAUAUCAUUUUUAAAUUAAAACUAUAAUAGUUAUUUGUCAUUACUUGCGCGCACAAAAACUUGAUGAAAUAUUAGCAUUAACGCAAAACUGUUCAAUAAGAGAUUGGAGUCGUUAAAUAAAAUCGAAAUUAAUGAGAAUCAGGAGUGUCUCCCCUAUAGUGUCUUCGUAUGGCUAAUUGUGCGAGACUCGACUUGACAAUGUGCCUUGACAAUGUGUACGAUGAAUUGUAGCAAGUCGUGUAUUUUGUUCUUUCCCCCCAUUUUCUGUAAAUAAUAGCGAAUACCAAGAUGGGGCUGCGCACCCUGUCACCUAGUCACUCACUCGAUUAAAUAUUUCGGUAAAAUGUAGUUGUAACAACGACGAGAAUCAACCGGCGCAGCUUUCUCCUGUUCAAGUGCAAAUAAAGAUGUCGAAUAAAGAAGCAGAAAUGUUACGA